GCUGACUGCUGAAUUUCCUUUUUUUGCAGUGGAUCCUUGAGAAGAGUGUUGUUAAAAAAUCACUGGACAAUCACUCUCUUGAAUUGAAGUCCUUUUGAUAAGGACCCACAGUGAAAAUGGCUGAAAAGGAGAGAGAGGUAAAGGCCACCUUGAGCCAGGAAUCGAUCAAAGUGAUUGGUGAAUGUGUGGGCGUGUCCUCUCUUAAUGAAGAAGUGGCUACCUUUCUUGCUGAUGACGUUACUUUCAGACUUAAGAUGAUGAUACAGGAAGCAGCCAAAUUUAUGAGGCAUGCUAAGCGAGUGAAGUUAUCUACUGCUGACUUUGAUCAUGCCAUCAGAGUUCAGAACAUUGAGCCAUUGUACGGUUUUAGCACCGAGGAGCACAUUCCUUUCCGCUAUGCGAGUGGAGGAGGAAGAGAGCUUCACUUUGUUGAAGAGAAGGAAUUAGAUCUCUCUGAUAUCAUCAAUUCAUCCAUGCCUAAGAUUCCACUAGAUGUCAGUCUCAAAGCUCAUUGGUUAAGCAUUGAAGGAACUCAGCCAGCCAUUCCAGAGAAUCCACCUCCUGUGGACACACAUACCCAGAAAGUGGAAUCCCAGGAUGCAUUGCACACCAAGAAACCGUCAGCCAAGGCAGAGAAGAAGUCUGGUAAAGGUGACAUGGGAAAGACUGCUGCUGCGUUGCUUGCCAAGGCUAAAGGUCUCACAUCAGAUCCGGUCAAACUCAAAGGUGUCCUCGUCCAUGAACUAUCUGUAGAGCAGCAACUUUACUACAAAGAGAUCACUGAAGCUUGUGUUGGUUCCUCAGAAACAAAGAGAGCUGAAGCACUUCACAGUCUAGCGAGUGACCCAGGCUUAUAUCAGGUGGUACCAAGAUUCAGUAUGUUCAUCGCAGAAGGAGUCAAGGUUAAUGUCGUCCAGAAUAACUUAGCGAUCCUCAUUUAUCUCAUGCGCAUGGUCAGGGCACUCAUGGACAACUCAACACUCUACCUUGAAAAAUAUCUUCAUGAACUGAUCCCAGCUGUAAUGACAUGUAUUGUGAGCAGGCAACUUAGUCUUCGUCCAGACGCUGAUAAUCAUUGGGCCCUGAGGGACUUUGCAGCCAGGCUUAUGGCUAGUAUGUGUAGGAAGUUUAGUACAACAACAAACAACAUGCAAGCAAGAAUCUCAAAGACAUUUGAUGAAUCUGUCUCCAAGGACAAGGCUCCUCUUGCUACUAUCUAUGGAGCAUUGGUUGGUCUUGCUGAGCUUGGCCCAGAGGUGAUGAAGACGUUGGUGAUUCCUAAAGUGAGGAUGCUAGGAGAACGUCUGAGGACCAUGUCUGAGAGUCUGAUUAUCAGUAACCCUGAUAAGAUAGCAGCAGAACAUCUCAAACAGCUUGUACAGAAACACUGCGCACCAUAUUUAAAGGGAGUUAGAAGCACACCCGAUGUUCUUCAUGAAUACGAGGAGGAGUUUGGUUACCUCGGACCUUUUCUCUUCUCUCAUGUCACUAAGCUACGAUUUCAACCCAGCACCGCUACAACACACAGCGGCUCAACCCUGACAACAAACAGGCCUAUCAUACCAAUACCUCAGGGACGACCUUCUUCCAUCAUCACCUCUGGGAGAUCACUAUCAUCAUCUAGCUUUAGCCCUAAGACACCAUCCCUACUUUCUCCAACGGGAAGUAGUCUACAGAAAACCCUAUCCUCGGGAAGCACACCGUCUAGUCAACCAAAGUAUGUUCUGGUCUCUGCUACAGGAUCUGGGAGGAACUCAUCACAAACUAGUCCUGUUUUGAGCGGUCCUUCUACACCAACAUCCAGUGUCUUCAAGCUUAACACCAAGUCAUUAUCGAAGUCCCUAAGCUCUUCACUCUCAUCAUCACUGUCCCCCAAUCAGACUAUUGUGAUGUCGCCUUCAGGGACUGUCAAGACUGAGAGAAAGUCACCACCUGCUACAACCACUGCUUCGGGAACGACUAACAUGCUGAUGUCGUUAGCUCAGGCUGCUACCAUGCAGACACCCAUUAGAUCAUCAAGCAAUGAGGAACAGUCUCAAGGAUCGUAGCAGAAACUGUACUGAUCUGCAUUUAUAGUUGUCCAUGUUCAUUGGGUGUUGAGAGACACUGCUGCAAUGCAAACACCCAUUAGAUCAUCAAGCAAUGAAGAACACUCUCAAGGAUUGUAGCCGAAACUGUACAGAUCUGCAUUUUGAGUUGUCCAUGUUGCUUGGGUGUUGAAGGACACUGCUGCAAUGCAAGCACCCAAUAGACCAUCUAGUAGGGAUUCAGGUCCGUAUUCUGAAGUCGGGUUUAACUUGAACGCAGGCUUAGGUUUGUUUUGCAUGCAAUGAAGGCCACACCGGAGGAUCAAAGCAAAUUGUCAGACCCAUAGGACCAUAUUCUCAAAGGACUGAUGUAAGGGGUGUAGUGAUUCAGUUUCAACCUCCUAGGCACGGGUGACAAGUAAGAAAUGAUAUCAAGAGUCUUACGAAUUCAUAUCCAUAUAAUUCUCAAUGAUGGUAUUAUUCCAUAUCAAUAUUGAAGAGUUGAUGCAUCCCGGAGAAUGUUUGUAGUAAUCAUAUGUUACUGCAUAGUGACUGUUCUAGUUCAAGAACUAGCAGAAAUUGGGUAAAUUGAUUCUUUUGCUUUGAGUUGCAAUUCUGCAGUGUCGAAUAGAUAAUGUGAGUCAGAAAAGAUGCUAGAUAUUUUUGCAGGCAGAAAAUCUCUUAAUCCUUCCACCCCUCUCCCCCUUAAAAAAAAGGAGAAAAUAAUUUUUCACAUUGCUAAUGAUAUCCAUUACAGAAGAAGUUCACACUAAUUGAUCAUUUGUGAUCAGACUUUAUCUUUCACUGAAAUAGAAAAUUCAAGUGUUGAUAAUCAUGCUUCUAAAACUGAGAUGAUUGAUGUAAAAUCACCUUUUAUGGUAAAUUUAAAAUGUGGUGAAUGUCCAGAAGAAAUGUGUGAAAAUAAGAAUUUGGUCUAUUCCAAUCCAAAUCAGUGCAAUGUUUGCUCAAACAAAGAAGUUUAGACAGGCAUUAUAAUCAUGAUGUGACAUAAAGCUUCACAAUGCAUCGCAGUAUAGUAUCAUUAAAUUCAUUGAAGUUUGAUUGUUUGUAUGUUAUCACCACAUUUUGAAGCCAUUGGCUGUUCGUUAAAAGAUGGUGAUUAUGGGUAUGACAAAACGAAAAGAAAUUUGUUGAUAUGAACCUAUGUAGAAAGAACAUUUUGGAGCAUUGCAAGAAACUUGCGAUCAAUUGCAAGUAAAUUUUGGGUCCCAAAGUCAAUCGUAAGUUAAUUGCACAUUUCCACUCUAGUACCAUUUAGCUUUAAAAAAAUAAAGAAACAAAAGGGACGUUCAUUCUGAGUUUAUCGUAAAAGAAAAAAAAAUGUUUGAUAUGUUGGUGACGGUUUGAUAAAAAAUCCAUCAAAGAAUUUUUAAAAAUUCUUAGAAUUGAAGAGUUUUGAUAUGUGACAUUAUAUGCCAGCAGCUUUCCUACAUAUUGUGUGGUAAUGAAAUUUCCUUUUCUCAUAAAAUUAAAUUGUUUUAUUGUACCUUCAGUUUAUCAAUAGACAAAGUCAUUUCACACUCGAUCCUGAAAGAGAGAAAAAAAAAUGAGUCAUUAUGAGCCAUUAAAAGUCUCGAGUUUAUACAUUUUAUUUGACACAUAAUAUGGGGCAGCCGCUCGUAUAUGACAUCGGAAAUCAAAACUUAAAAUUCUAAUAACUUUUCUAAUCUAUGGAUACUCCUCAAAACUUCAACAAUUUAUUUUUUCUGGUAUUUUCAAACAAACUUUUUGUCAGGUGAACUUCCCCUUUAAUUACUUUGCUAAAAUCAAUUGUGAAUUUGAAAUGGAUAUUUGCAAUUAUUGCUAAUGAUUCCUUGCAACAUCCCAAGAAGGGCUAUUUCCAGC